GGCUGCGGGUGGUGGUGGUGAAGCCAGGCUGUACUGCCAGGAGCAGCAUAGGUCCAGGGGUGUGAGCUCCAAAACAGAGUCCACAGCAGCAAGAGGUCAGGUCAGUUUCUCCUUCUCUCUCUUUUUUUAAAUGAUAUUUAUUAAAGUUUCAAAGAAAAGAUUACAUAGAUAAAAAGAGAAGAAAAAGAAAAAGAAAUAAAAAAGAAAAAAUACAAAAUACAGGAAAAAGAUAAAAAAAAAAAACAUCGAUCUUUCCAUAACUUACAUUUCAUUUCCUUACUUCCCUGACUUCCUCACACCUCCCUUUUUUGUGUUCCAGUUCUAUUAGUUAAUUCAGCAAUUCCUUUCCCUCUUUAUUUUUGUCUUAAUCCUUUAACUUAAUAUAUUAUAACUUUGGAUUCUCAUCUGUUAACAAUCCAUUUUUACAUACACCUUUAUAACGUUGCUGCUAAGACCACUUAAUUUCAUUCUGACAUCAUUCUAACUUUCAUUAAUUUUGCAGUAUUUCUGUAAAUAGUCUUUAAAUUUCUUCCAAUCUUCUUCCACCGACUCUUCUCCCUGGUCUCGGAUUCUGCCCGUCAUUUCCGCCAGUUCCAUAAAGUCCAUCACCUUCAUCUGCCAUUCUUCCAGAGUGGGGAGAUCUUGUGUCUUCCAAUACUUUGCAAUAAGUAUUCUUGCUGCUGUUGUGGCAUACAUAAAGAAAAUUCUGUCCUUCUUUGGCAGUUUCUCCUUCUCGAUGCCAACAGGUUGGACAAUGUGUUACAGCUUCACCCUGCAGACCCAGAGGCCACACUUGGCUAAGCUUUGGCUACUUGCUGCCUGCGUUACCCUCUGCUUUGGGCCAGGAGGUAAGUCCUGCUUAUGAGAAAGGAGGGGAGUUACAACACCAGUGCUCAGAAUCCUUUGGGGGGGGGGGGGAUACUUUUUCAUAAAGUCAGCAGCUGCUGAAAAGACAGCAGAGGUGGCAACCGCCUAAAAAUGGAGGGGAGGGAAUUACAAAGGGUAGGCAGGUGCCACAACACACCAAAGACCUAAAUGGUGUGGGACGGGCCUCCUGAUAACAUGGUCCCUUGCAGGAGGUUCUCUCUAGGAGAGCGCAGUGAUACUGCGUUGGGUAUGGAAGGGAGGAGGAGACCUCCAACUGGUGGGGAUUGUUCCAGCUAUUAUUUGAGCCUUUUAUUCUUCCUGUUAGUAACGUAUUUUUAUUGAUUACAGUAAGGUCCCAGGGUGGGCCACUGACAUCUUCAACAGAACCUGCUCCGGAGAGUUUGGAGAAAGCUCUGAAACAGAUUUUGUGGUUCCCUGGAGGUGGGGGGGGGGGGAGGAAGAGACCUUUCAAAGGUGCAAGGAGAAAUCUGUGUGCUGAUGAAGCAAUCUGCUUAGUAUUGCUGCCCAAUAACAAUAACAAUAAUUUAUUAUUUAUAUCCUGCCCAUCUGGCUGAGUUUCCCCAGCCAUUCUGCGUGGCUCCCAGUGUUAAAAACGUGCCAUGUUUAAGUGGAUCAGGUCCAACAUGGUUUCUUUAAACUAAAAUUUGAAGCAAGCUUGCAGUUUUAAACCAUGCACACUUAAUUUCGCACACAGUUCUCAAGCAUCCAGCUCCUCCUGUUCUGCAACCUCCUUUGUACCUGGGUUUUCACUGUGCCUUUCCCUCCCUACUCCUUUUCUGCCGACCUCUCGUCCAAGACACUUUGCGAGGCUCCCUGCAUGCAAAAGAGGCUUCUCUGAACAUAUACAGAACGCCUUUUCCUCCCCCACUGUGUUUUCCCAUCUGCCCAUGACUGAUCUCCUAUGUAUACUCCAUUUUCCUUCUCACUCUCUCUCUCUCUCUCCCCCCCCCCCCACCCCAGGGAUUUCGUCUUUGGUACACUCCAUCCCACUAUUUUCCUAUUCAGGACACUCCUUGACUCCCAUGACCCCAUUGGUGCAUGGCUAUUAGCCCCACCUCCACCCCACCCCAUGGUUUGUAUCCUUGCUAAUUAUGCUUUCCCUUUUCCUCAUCCCCUUCUGAUAAACCCUACUUCCCUCCCACCCCCUAUCACGAAUGUCACCACGGCACUUGAUGUUUUUAUUCUGUGAACCGCCCUGAGUUCUAAUGAUGCAGCACAGUAUAUAAAUCAUAUACAGUGGUACCUUGGUUCUCAAACACCUUGGUACUCAAACACCUUGGAAUCCAAACACUGCAAACCCAGUUUGCGAACUUUUUCCCGGAAGCCGAACGUGCUCCGAUUUGAGUGCCACAUUUCCAUUUUGAGUGUUACGCUGAGGUCUGUCUGUUUUUGCUAUUUAUUUUGCCUUUUUGUUUUUGUGGCCCUUUUUUGGUUUUUUUUUGUUUUGUUUUUUUGUGACUGUGUGGAACCCAUUUCAGCUACUGAUUGAUUGAUUGUGUGACUGCAGUAUAUUGUUUAUUGCUUUCAUUUUAUGGCUCAAUGGUCUCGUUAGAGAGUAAAAUCCAUGUUAAAUUGUUUUUAAAAGUCUGGAAAGGAUUAACCCAUUUUGCAUCACUUUCUAUGGGAAAGCGCGCCUUGGUUUUGGAAUGUUUUGGUUUUGGAACGGACUUCCGGAAUGGAUUAAGUCUGAGAACCAAGGUACCACUGUGGAUGGAUGGAUAGAUAGAUAGAUAGAUAGACAGACAGACAGACAGACAGACAGACAGAUAUAGAUAGAUGAUAGAUGAUAGAUGAUAGAUGAUAGAUGAUAGAUGAUAGAUGAUAGAUAGAUAUAGAUAAAAUGGCACUAUAUUCUCGCCCCUUUCAAAAAACCCACUUUCAGCACACUUCUUCCCCUUAGCUAGUUAUUUCCCUUUCACAUACCCCCAAAAUUGAAGAAGACACAUGCACUUUGGAAACUGGGAUUCACUUUUAUAGCUCAGCUCCCAUUCAAGGGGCUUAGAAUUUUCCCCAAGGUCUGCUAUCAGCCCCUGAAUGGGCAGGGCAGAAAUGUUGCAAAUAAAUUUGUGGGAGGGUUCUGGGAAGCACCCAGCUUGUCGCUGCAAAAAGCGAGACGGUGAGCUUGGUGGAUGUCUGGGGCUGCGCUUCUGGCACAGCAGAACUCUUCUCAGACCCUUCUCCCCUAGGCAGGUUGCUUGCUAGGAAGAGCUGAAAUGAGGCAUUUCUUUUACAGCAGAAGCAAUCAAAUGCCAGGUCUGCAAACUGGUGCCGGAGCGGAGCAUGCAGUGCUGGCCUAGGAGAAGCACUUGCACAAUCAAGGAUGGAUAUUGCUUGCAGAUAAUAACUAUUGAUGGUAAGGAUUCUGUCGAGGGUGCUUGCCAUUGUCUCUGCUCCAACCCCUAAAACAGCUGUGGAGAAGCUUUGGCUCUUCAGGUGUUGUUUUAAUUUCAGUCCACCAUUCUGACUUUUUGUUUGUUUUGAAUUAUUGCUGGGGUGGGUGGUGCUGUGGUCUAAACCACUGAGCCUCCCGGGCUUGCCGAUCAGAAGGUCGGCGGUUUGAAUCCCUGUGACGGGGUGAGCUCCCGUUGCUCUGACCCAGCUCCUGCCAACCUAGCAGUUCGAAAGCACGCCAGGUACUGCUGUGGCAGGAAGGUAAAUAGUGUUUCCGUACGCUCUGGUUUCUGUCAGUGUCCCAUUGCACCAGAAGCGGUUUAGUCAUGCUGGCCACAUGACCUGGAAAGCUGUCUGUGGACAAACAUCGGCUCCCUCGGCCUGAAAGUGAGAUGAGCGCCACAACCCCAUAGUCAUCUUGGACUGGACUUAACCGUCCAGGGGUCCUUUACCUUUUACCUUUAUCUGUGGUGGUAGGAGGAGACCAGCAGUACCUCCUAAUUACCGAGAGUGGAGGCAGUAUGGUGAUGGGAGCUGCCAAGAAGGAGCCAUAUGUGGCCUUCAGAGAGCAUGCUGCAGCUGUCAUUGGCACCGUGGCAGCAGUGGUGGGUGAUGGAGGCCAGUUCGGCUGCCCCUGUGGAUCCUGCCGCCUGAGGCGGUUACCUUCCCUUGCCUCAUGGGUGGACCAGCCUGGCUUAGCAUUCUACUUGUACCAAGGACGUAUCCUGCACGUUCAUUUGGCCUUUGUCUCCACAGCCGAAACAGAUACCGUAAAACAUAUACGUAGGAACUGCAUUUCCAAAGCCACAAAGAUGUGCAGGCGCAAAUUCCUGAGUGACGACAGAAAAGAAAUCUACGCUUUUGCCUGCUGUGAUGAAAAUGGGUGUUUGAUGCCUCAUGGAAUGGUCAACUGAAGUGUGUAGUGAAGAUGAUCCGGACACAAAAGCUUUUCUCUUUCUUUCUUUCUCUUUCUUUCUUUCUUUCUUUCUUAGCUAUUUUUAAGGAAAUUUGCCAGAAGCUAUACUUCCAACACGGGUUGCCAUGGGUCCUGAUUUUCACAGACAUUUCAGCGAUUUCCUCCCAGGCACUAUUUCCAACAGUCGAAUCCUGGCAAUGUCCAGGAAAUUCCAGACAUAUGGCUGAGGAUAUUUCACCCCUCCCAUUGCAAGAAUCUGCUGAUGUUCCAGAGAGGAGGGGCGGACUUUUGCUCACUACUUAUUCCGCUCCAGUCUCUGAAGGAAUAAAUCUUUCCCUUGUUUCUGUUCGUUGAUGUUGUAUAGGAAAACCAGCAUAAAGUGUUUGUAUUGCAAUAAUAAAACUCUAUAUGCUUAUGUGGUGUUGGUGGUGG